AUGCAACUCUCGAGAGAAAUAGGAUUCUUCCAUGGAAACAUUUUCUUGCUUAGUAUCAUGAUAGGGUCAGGAAUCUUUGUGUCUCUUAAAGGGGUGUUGAAAUACUCCUCACUGAACAUACCUGUCUCCCUGAGUAUUUGGGCUGCUUGUGCCUUGCUGAAUAUGAUCACAGCUCUCUGUCAUGCAGAGCUAGGGACCACCUUCCCUAGAAGUGGAGCACCUUAUUAUUUCCUCAAAAGAUCUCUUGGAUCUUCUGUUGCUUUCCUCAGUCUUUGGAUCAAAUUAUUUGCUUUUUCUUUAGGAAUAGGUGCUCUAAACUUGUUAAUAUCUAGCUAUAUAAUUCGGCCUUUCUAUGCCGGAUGCCCAGCUCCAGAGCUACCGAAGAAAUGUCUAGCUUUGACUAUGUUGUGGUCACUGGGAAUUCUAAAUGCUCAAGGGAUGGUAACAGUGGCUUGGUUUCAGACUAUCAGUACUUUGGUGAAGAUGGCUGUUCUUUGUUUCAUCUCCAUAACUGGGAUUGCACCGUUGGUGACUGGGAAAAAGGAGAACCUGGCUAGGUUUGAGAAUGCUUUGGACGCUGAAUUUCCUAAUGCUUCACAGGUUGCUGAAGCCCUUCUCCAGGGAUUUUUUGCAUAUUCUGGCUCUUCAAUCCUGAUCAACUUAGCAGGGAGAGAUAAAAACCCUGCUAAAAAUAUUCCCAAAUCUCUGAUUACUACCAUUUCUGGGGUGACUGUGAUUUACUUAUUGGUGAAUAUAUCCUACCUGGCAGUUUUGACCCCCAAGGAAAUCAUCUCUUCAGAACCCAAGGAGAAACAUGAGCAAGCAAGGCAAGAAAGCAAGGAAGAAAUACUUUGCUUAGCUGUUCCACCUUUUAGGGUGCCUUUACCAUUUGUAUUUGGAACUAUAGCUAUGUCUUUGUUUCUAAUUUUCGUGCCAAUGAUUCAGUUUCCUAAAACAGAGCAUAUCUAUCAGUUCAUCUUUAUUUUGGGUGGACUUUUCUGUUACUGGAUUUAUGUUCAUCUUAAUCAACACUCUGUUUGUUUUGACAAAAUAACUUGUUAUUUACAAUUACUAUUUAAUUUUUCACCACCUGAAGACCAUGAUGACUGUUUUUCAACAGGAAAAGAAUGA